AAACAAUCAAAGAACAAGUCUUCCCCUUAUUAUAUAUAUUCAUAUUGUUCCACCUUUAUCACCUCAUCCGUCCACCUGAGCAAGCACCACAAUGAAGCCUCACCGGCAGUUUGCCUACAGAACUGCAGCGUUAUUCUUCAUCGGACUCUUAGCAUGGGCAUACCAGAGCACCCUCCCGCCACCACCAAAACUCUGCGGUUCACCCGGUGGUCCACCGGUUACCGGUCCUCGUGUCACCCUUAGAGACGGUAGACAUCUAGCCUAUAAAGAAUACGGUGUCUCCAGAGACGUAGCCGAUUAUAAAAUCGUCUUCGUGCAUGGGUUCGGCUCAUGUCGCUACGACGAAUCGGUUUUCCAUCCGGAAUUGUUUGAAGAACUUAAGAUCUACAUGGUGACGUUUGAUCGGCCGGGUUAUGGAGAGAGUGAUCCGGAUCCAAAUCGGACAAUCCGAAGUACAGCUCUGGAUAUUGAAGAUCUUGCUGAUAGAUUAGAACUCGGGUCUAAGUUUUAUGUAAUUGGAUACUCCAUGGGUCAACAAGGAGCUUGGGGCAGUUUAAAGUACAUCCCUCAUCGGUUAGCAGGGGUGGCACUGAUUGCACCAGUUGUGAACUACUGGUGGUCAAGUUUUCCAAGAAAUUUAACAAUGGAGGCCUACAAGUUGCAACCUCGUCAAGAUCAAUGGGCGGUUGGCGUGUCACAUUACGUGCCAUGGCUCGUCUACUGGUGGAACACUCAAAAAUGGUUCCCCGGCUCUAGUGUUAUAGCUGGAAAGCCUAAUUUCUCAGCUUCUGACUGGAAAAUUCUAGCCAAGCUUUAUGGCGAAGGGUCACCAACACCGCGAUCAGUGCUAAAGGAUUACGUGCAGCAACAAGGACUAGCUGAGUCGAUUUUUAGGGACAUGAAAGUCGGGUUUGGUAAAUGGGAAUUCGAUCCAAUGGAGAUAGAGAACCCGUUCCCAAACAAUGAGGGCCGUGUUCAUUUAUGGCACGGUGAUGAAGACGGGCUCGUACCUGUGAGUUUGCAAAGAUACAUAGCAAAAAAACUACCAUGGAUUCACUACCAUGAACUACCUGGUGUUGGUCAUUUGCUACCAAAUUAUAAUGGUAACAAAGAAGCCAUUUUAAAGUCGCUUCUUAUUGGUGAAUAUUCAUAGUUUUGGUAUCAUUAUCAUCACACAUUCUUGUUCCAAGUUGAUUAUUUUAAACCCGAAUAGUUGCUUUGUUUCAACCCACGAAUACUCGCAUAGUGUUCGCUUGAUGUGUCAA